CAUACACAUACAUUGAUUACAUGCAUGACGAACCUAUUUGACUCGAUACCAUUGUUACUUGUAGGACGUGUGUUUGACUGUGUACGCGAUGAUCAUGCUGUAGACGCAGUCAGUUUCGGUCUGAGUUGCAAACGAUUGUUUGGAGUGAUGAGCAAGAGAAUGCCUCAAUUGCACUUCAAGCGUGAUACUCAACUGCUGCGAAAUGCAACUAGUAUCGCAAGUUGCAAGAGUACGGUCGACCUGCCGCCAACCCUCACCGAUCUCACCUUUGACGACAAGUUCAAUCAACCGAUUGCAAUGGGUGCACUUCCAAACUCGUUGACAGAGCUACGUUUUGGCCAAGACUUUUCUAGGAUACUCCUGCCCGGCACUCUUCCACCAGCCAUCACCAGCCUUGGCUUUGGAGUAUACUAUCACCAGCAGAUCCCCGUAAACACUCUGCCUGCGUCCUUGCUCACACUCACACUGGACAGCUACUAUUACCCAUGUCCAAUACUACCUGGAGCACUGCCAUCGUCACUCACCACGCUGAUAUUCAACUCAACCAGUCCCCACGGCAUUGUCACGCCCUUCAUUGUUGAGGGAUCACUGCCCUCAUCACUGCGGACACUCGCUCUACCAUAUUGGUACAAUCAACCGCUGACCAAAGGUAUACUUCCGUCGUCACUAACGACGCUUACAAUCGGUGGAUGUUAUAAUCAAGACUUGCCACCAGGAGUUCUGCCUGCAUCCCUCGAGACGCUGUCAUGGGGCACUCCAAUCGAGAAGAUGAACCAAUUCAAUCGGCCACUCGUACCUGGAUCCCUUCCAGCUGGGCUGCGUAGUCUAACGUUCAGCUGUCGAUUCAAUCAAGAAAUCCAUCCAGAGACCCUACCCUCUUCGCUCACAUCUUUGACAUUUGGAGUGCUCUUCAAUCAACAACUGAAGCCCGGCAUACUUCCACUUUCACUCAAGAAGUUAACAUUUGAUAAGCAAUCACAAUAUAGUCAACAAUUUAUGGUUGGUUCAUUGCCAAACAGUCUAGUCGAGAUUAACUUUGGCAAUAGGUUCACCAAAUAUCAACUCACGGUUGGCACAUUGCCAACAUCCCUCACGUCGUUAUCAUUUGGUGAAUACAACUUUCCACUCGAAGAUGGACUGUUGCCAAACUCACUGCUCACAUUGACAAUUGGAGAGACGUUCAACUGGAUCAUCAGUCAAGGAAAUCUACCAAAUUCAUUACAAUCGCUCACGAUGAACUACACAAUGCCUCUCUCGCCAGGCACGCUUCCAAGGUCACUCACUCUUCUGGACGUUGGCAACGGCUAUAAUUUUGAAAUUCUUCCUGGGAUGCUACCUGACACACUUACUGACCUAAGCCUUGGCUUUCGGUUCUCUUUCAUCUUGUCCGCCAAUGUCUUACCGUCAUCACUCAAGAGGUUAAAAAUUGGCUAUUACUACAAUCAUCCAGUCUCGUCAACUGUACUCCCAAGCAGUGUCACUCAUCUUGUGUUGCCCGAUAGUCAAAGACUAAUAUACAUCACACCGUCAGUACAGUCGGUGGAGAUUGAGCAAACCCUCACCAUGGACCUCCGAUUAUCAUUGUGCACAGCUCAUCUUAAGUCCUUGUGUGUCUACCUCAAGCCUCAGAUAUUCAACGCCGAAGUGAUGCACUAUCAAUAUAUUAAGUAUGUCGCGUCACUGUUGGAGUCAUUCCCCAACGUAUCCAACUUCGAGGCUAGGAUACCAUAUAAUGUCUCUGGAAUUACAGGUCAACACAACGUUCAUCUGCGCUACAUCAACGAAACACAAGCCAUCUGUGUUGUCAGUCGUCCAAAGGUUCUUACAGCAGUUGCCAAGUACACGCUUAUUAUCUAUGACAAGAAUAGCAAAGUCAAUGCUCCUCCUGUGGAGAAGCCAACCUCUACAGUGCAGAUGUACCGAACUAUCGGAGCUGAUCGACCGCCUGGAUUCCAACUAUAUGUGCCAACAAAUAGUAGCAGU